AUGGAUUUGAUUGGAAGGAAAGCUGUUAUCACAGGAGCAUCUCGUGGACUUGGGGCUGCCUUAUCAUAUAAAUUGGCUUCCUUGGGAUGUUCAGUGACUUUAGUUGCUCGGAACAAAACUCUUCUUAAUCAACAACUUAAUCGGUUACCCGUAAUCAACCAAGAUCAAAAACAUGAAAUGCUUCUGUAUGAUUUAAUGAACUUGAUUUCAGAUACUGACUUAAAGAAAUCUCCCAUAGUGAACCAUUUGAAUCAAGUAUCUAUAUUAGUUAAUUGUGCUGGAGUAACUACUCAUUCAUUAUUAGCAAGGAUCUCCGAACAAGACAUUAAGAAUACUGUUAAUUUGGAUUUGGUGGUGCCCAUGCUUCUUUCGAAAUUGGCCUAUAAACAAUUGUUCAAACUGAAACAUGAUCCAUCAAUCCUUAAUGUCUCUUCAGUCCUCAGUAUCACUGGUCAAAACGUUAAUGGUACCUCGAUCUACAGUGCUUCUAAAGCUGGUCUCUUAGGGUUCACUCAAGCUUUGGCUCACGAAUUGAGAGAUAAAGUAAGAGUUAAUAGUCUUUUGCCUGCUUUAAUACGGGAAACAGACAUGGGAAGUAUGGCUAAUGUUGGGUCCAAUCAAAGUCUUCAUACCAUUUCUUUACAACAAGUGGUGGAUAAAGCAGUGGAAAUUAUUACCGAUCCAACUAUUAAUGGGAAAUUUGUCGUAGCUGAUAAUGAGAAACUUCCAAUACAAUUUGACUAUUGA